AUGCUCAAGGAAACCGGUCGAUAUGAGGCGUUCAAAUUGAAGUGGCAUCCUAGCUACUCUAUUCCUCCUACGGUGUAUCCGAUUCCCAAUCACCAAUUCUGGGAUUCCGAUGUGGCCAAGUGGAUUGAAGGUGCUUGCUACUUGCUUAUGGAUCAGUUUGAUACGGAGAUCGAUGCGGCUGUGAAAGAGUUGGUAGAAAUGAUCCGAGGAGCUCAGAAGCCAGAUGGCUAUCUGAACAUUCAUUAUUCUGUGGUGGAACCAGGGAAGCGCUUCACUAAUUUGCGCGACAUGCAUGAACUGUAUAAUGCAGGCCAUCUUAUUGAAGCAUCCCUCGCCCACCACCUUCAUUACAAGAAUGAUGAAAUGCUUUCCCCAAUUCUAAAGUAUGUGGAUCUUCUAGCUGCUACAUUUGGUGCUCAAGAAGACCAGAUUCCCGGCUACCCCGGCCACCCAGAGAUUGAGUUGGCUCUUUUGCGCUUGUACAAAAUAUCGAGAAACCCAAAGCAUCUGCAGCUAGCUCAAUUCUUUAUUGAGGAGAGAGGAAAUCCGAAGGGUGGAAAAGAAGAACGCCAUUACUAUGACAUUGAAGCAAAGGCUCGUGGAGAAAGCGAGCAUGAUUUACCGAUGUAUUUCCCUGCUGCCAGAAGUUACUGGUAUCAACAAGCUCAUGUUCCAAUUGUUGACCAGAAGACAAUUGAAGGCCAUUCUGUUCGUGCCAUGUACCUUCUGACAGCGGUGGCAGAUUUAGUUCGAAUUUGCCAACCAACCAGUGAAGUCGGGGAAAAGUUUCUACCAGCCUUGCAUCGACUAUGGUACAAUAUGGUUGAAAAGAAGUCAUAUGUGACUGGAGGCAUUGGGGCUAUGAAAAAGUGGGAAGGAUUUGGGAUCGACUACUUCCUACCCCAAGGUACUGAUGAAGGAGGAUGUUAUGCCGAAACAUGUGCAGCGAUAGGAGUCAUGAUGCUUGCUGAGAGGCUACUGCAGAUCGAACUAGAUAGCCACUACGCGGAUAUUAUGGAGCUUUGUCUCUAUAAUGCAGUUUUGACAGGCAUGAGCUUGGACGGGAAAGCUUUUACUUAUGUGAAUCAACUGGCUUCUUCAGAUCAGGAUAUCUCACAGCGCCAUGAGUGGUUCGAGUGUGCUUGUUGUCCACCCAAUGUCACGCGAACACUGGGCUUCCUUGGUGGGUAUCUCUGGAGUCACAAGGUCAGGGAUCAGAGUGCUGUUGUCAAUGUGCAUCUGUACUCUUCGGCGACGCUGAAUCUCAAAACCUCCUCUUCCGCCGUGACAAUCACACAGAAAACAGACUGGCCAUGGAAUGGGGACGUUGAAUUUGAUAUCCAAACGACUGGGUCACCAGUUGACCUAGAAUUACGAUUACGGAUUCCUGGGUGGGCAGCAUCUUGGGAAAUUACACCCUCCCCAGAGAACCAAGAUGUUCAGAACGGAUACCUGGUUCUGAGCACCGAAUGGCUUCGAGAAAACACACAGUUUCGCCUUUCGUGUCCCAUGCAACCUCAAGUAAUUCGACCUAAUCCUCUCACGUUGCAACCCGUUGUAUACGUCAGGCGGGGACCGAUUGUUUAUUGUGUCGAAGACGUUGAUCACCCAUGGGAAUCAAAUCAUUUCAAGGUAAGACAGGCUAUCCACGUGUAG